AUGGCAUCAAUAUCUACAGAAGAGUCAGUGGUCGUUCAUUUACCGCAGGUGGUUCAGAAGGAGAUACUUAGACAUUGUUGGCUAUUGAGAUACAAGUUCUCUUGGAAGCUUACAUUGAUAGACAAUGAUAACAUCAUUGAUUGGCUGCCACAUAUCAACAACAAGAGUGGCGGCAGCAACAACUACAACAUAGUAUCACAUAACAGUAGUUGGUGUAUAUCACUUAGUGGCGACAAACAUGAUGAUAUACUGCCCAACAUUGAACAAGUGAUUGGAGUGGCUAGACGACUACAACUAUGUCUCUACGACUGGGCUCAGUAUGACAAGUUGGAAACGAUUAUACGUCAUGUGGACGAGCAGCGGCAAUUGGACAACCACAAUGAUCAUGCUAGAAAUGAUGACUCGGACGAUGACUGGACACUCGAGUUGGAGGUGGACCAUGUUGAGAGUUGUAGCAUGUUGAUGCAACUCGUCCAGUCGAUCAAUCAUCGAAGGAUCACAUCAUUCACCGUUGUCAGCUUCGAUCGAUUCACUUCGGUUUACCGUGGAACUGAUCAGUUUCAAGACCAGGUUCUCGAACUAGUCAACACGCUACGGACAUGUCAUGGACAAUGGUUAACAUCGCUAUCACUCGACUUAAGAUCACUAUCUGUUGCCUCACGUAAUCGUGUAACAUCAGUGAUCAGUGAGUUUGGCGCGAAUACAUUGGAGUCUGUUGGUCUGAUCAUUGUGGAGCAGGGCGAUGGCACGACGUUUGAUCACUUCCAGCGUCUGAACAAACUUCACACAUUCAUCUACGACAAUGAGGACGCGACAGUCUCGUCCAACCAACAACUGCUCUCAUUCCUGCUGCACAACAACACGCUGACCAACAUCGAGAUCACCAACAUGGUCUGUCCACGCUUCGUCCAGCACCUCUUUAGCCAAAAGACCAACCUGAUCAAGGCCGGAUUGAAUUUGACCAACAACCUGGAGCUCACAUCUCUCGGUCCGCCGGCACCCCAGGCCCACAACACGACUCUCAAGAAGCUGCGCCUGUACGCCAUGUGCGAGGCGGAGCUGACAUUGGUGGCCAGUCCACUCAGCUUCUUCCACGGGCUGACCAACCUGGGCGUGUGGUGUCUCCUGUCGUUGGACAACUUUAUCGCGACGGUUCGACAGGGCGCUACGCACCUGAGCCACGUGUCAUUGUUCAUCAGUCCGAUUGGAGUGAGUGUGGAAAGCAUCACAGAGUUGUUCGACGUCGUUAGCAAGAGUGCCAGUAUCACACAACUUGAUGUGAUGGCAGUACAACGUGAUCCACUCAGUCUGAUCACUUUACUGACCUCAGCCAUCACGUCCAAUCACAACCAACACCUUGAGGAAGUGAAGUUCUAUCGUUCCAAACAUAUACCAAAUGAUCAACUACCAACAUAUAAUUCAAUAUUUGAUGAGAUCACUCAAUUGGACAGCACAGUUACAUGUAAAAGAUAUCUAUCUCUUUGA